AUGGCGACAGCGACUACUCUCCCACCGCUUCCGCCGUCACGGCAGGCCAUCGUGCAGUCAGCCAAGAACCCUGGGUCUUUUGAACUCUGCGCCAACCUGUCCAUGCCUGCCGUGCCGCCCGACAAUGUCCUCAUCAAGGUGAACGCGGUGGCGGUGAACCACUGCGACUACAAGAUGCCGGCGCGCGUGCCGUGUCCCGGCGCCGUCGACGGCUCCGACUUCUCCGGCGUCGUCGUGCGAGUCGGCGAGGCCGUGGCCCGCACACCGGAGGGCCUGCGGGUAGGCGACCGCGUCGCGGGUGCCCAGAUGGGCAACCAGCGCCGCCGACCCUGGUCAGGCGCCUUUGCCGAGUACAUCUCCGAGAAGGCCGACAACAUCUGGCGCGUGCCCGAGAAGCUCUCCUGGGAACAGGCGGCUUCGAUAGGCUGCGCCGUGACGACGAGCGUGGGGAUGGCACUCUGGUGGGUGAUGAAGCUGGACGGGACACCCGAGAAGCCCACUACAGACCCCAAGUUCAUUCUUGUCUACGGAGGUUCUACUGCCAGCGGCACCUUCGCCAUCCAAUUGCUGAAGCUGUCGGGCUACCGGGUCAUCACGACCUGCUCUCCCAAGAACUUCGCGUUAGUUGAAGAGUACGGUGCGGAAAAGGCCUUUGACUACCACUCGCCGACGUGUGGGGAGGAUAUCCGGGCAUACACCAAGAACACGCUGGAGUGCGCGCUGGACAUCAUCACGGAAGCGCGAACCAUCCGCCAUUGCUACGCGGCCAUCGGGCGCGGUGGCGGCAGAUACAUUGGCUUUGAGCUCCUGCCGGACGGUAUGAUGGCCACGAUGCGCAAGACGGUCAAACCGACCUGGGUUCUGGGACUGGAGGUGGUCGGGGAGGAGCUGGACCUGCCCGGAGGGUAUUACCGCAAGGAAAACCCCGAGCUGCACGCUUGGAUCCAAGUUUGGAUCAAACAAUUUGUCGCCUUAUACGAGGCUGGAAAGCUAAAAUCACAUCCCAUGCAGGUGAAUCAGGGCGGUUUACCAAAAGUGAUUGAGGGUAUUACAUCUUUGUCGCGCAAGGAGGUCUCAGCCCGUAAGCUGGUGUAUCCGCUGUAUGAUUCGACAUGA